AAUUGGGCCAGUGGGAUGUGGAGAAAAAAAGGAAUAGAAUGGGGCAAUGGAGAUGGUUGGCCUUAGGGUAUUAUUUGAUGAUAUGGGAGCUGGCAGUCGGCUUAUCGAUUGGUGCUCUGCCGUGGAAAAGGUCAUAUAAAGAAAUCAUAAAGCAAAUAAAUGGUAAAGGACCUUAUAUUGGGCUUAUCACUGUAUAUCCACCUGAAGAAGAGGCUUUCUUCUCUACUGGCUCUUUCGAACCAGACUCCGACUACCCCUUUCUAGAUCUCUCAGGCAGGCGAUUUCGGGUGGGAAAAGUUUAUGAUAAGAGAGUCAUUUAUGUGAAGUGUGGAGUUGGACUGAUCAAUGCAGCUGCUACAACGCAACAAUUGUUAGAUGUAUUUGACAUGAAGGGCAUUAUCCAUUUUGGUAUUGCUGGUAAUAUCAACAACUCCAUGUCCAUCGGUGAUGUUACUAUCCCCAAAGAGUUUGCCGAUACUGGCAUUUGGCAUUGGCUGAACCCGAAUGCCACGGUGGAUAGCGAUUAUAUUGCAGGGUUGGAUGUGAAGAACUAUAACGUACCAAAAGAAGGAGAAAAUCUAUUGGGACAUAUUGGAUUCAAGUUUGAGCAAUUCUACUCAGAUUUUGGGAAGCCAAACACUCCACAACCCUUGGUUUGGGCUCAGGUUAAUCAACAAUGGCUUCAUGUUGCUUCUAAACUUCAGGGGAUGGAACUGCAACAAUGUGUAAAUUCAACUUUAUGUCUGGAAAACAAGCCCAAGUUAGUUGUGGGACUUAGGGGAUCAACAUCCGACAUUUUUGUGGACAAUGCAUCCUACAGGGACUUCCUUUUUCAUACAUUUCAAGUUUCAUCUUCAGACAUGGAAAGUUUUGCUGUGGUUAUGACAAGUUUGUCCAAUAGUUUCCCUGUGAUUGUAAUCCGAGGGCUAUCUGAUAUAGCUGGAGGACAAGAAGGAACAAACACCAUUGAGCUAUUUGGCUCUCUUGCAGCUCUUAAUACAGCCAACUCUGUUGUUCGGUUCUUGAAGGAAUUGAAAGCUUUCGAUGAUUCUUCUAAUAAUUAUAUGUAGUUUUCUUUUAAUUUCUAGUCCCUAUGACAGUGAUCUUGUCUUGUUUACGUUCCUAGUCAAAAUAAUGACACUUUUAAUCAUUGUUAAUUUUAAAUUAGGUCUCCACAUUAAUGAGUCCUCAUGUAAUUACUUGUCGGGAAUCGACAUUUGGAGCGUGUUUGGAAACAAUUGUGUAAUUAUUAGCUCAUGUUAUCAAAGGAAUUACAAUAUAUUUUAAAAUACAAAGUGUAUUUAAAUGUCAA